AUGGCCACCCCCAAUGUUCUUACUUUUGACGCUGAGGGGAGGGCCAUUGACUUUGCCGUCUGGAUUGAAGACCUGCAGCUGUACUUACUGUGUGAUGCGAUAGAUGAGGUCUCUCUCUUUGACUUUGUCUCUGGCGCUGUCCCUGCCCCACGUGCUGAUGCUGACUCUGCCGUUCGCUCCAAGUGGGCGACCCGCGAUGCUGCUGCACGUCUUGCUGUGCGUCGCCACCUCCCUUCCUCUGAGCGUGCCCACUUUAGUCAGUGCAAGACCGCUCAGGCCUUGUACGACGCUGUAGUUGCACGCUACUCCUCCCCUUCCUCCGCUACCCUUAGCCGCCUCAUGCUACCGUUUCUCUUCCCUGACCUCGCCUCCUUUCCCACUGUUGCUGACCUCGUUACCCACCUCCGUGCUAGUGACACCCGCUACCGCGCUGCCCUUCCUGCUGAGUUCCGCGCUGCGAACCCUCCUCCCAUGUACAUCACUCUCUACUUUCUCGUCACCCGUCUCCCUGAGUCCCUUCGUGUCGUUAGGGACCAGUUUCUCUCUGUCUGUCCCACCACUCUCACUGUCGACCUCCUUGAGGAGUCCCUGCUAGCGGCUGAGAAGAGUAUUGUCGCUGUAGGGGCCUCUCGGGGUGACCCUCGCACCCCCAUCUUUGAGGGGUGUGGUCCUUCCCCCCUGCUGCCCUCUGUCGCCUCUGCCGCUGCGGCCGACCUCACUGGUUUUGAGUCGGUCGGCGCGGCGUCUGCCCCCAGCGGCAGACGCCGCUCUGGCAAGGGCAAGGGGGGCAAGGGAGCGGGUGGAGCUAGAGGGGGCGGUGGAGGAGGCGGUGGGGGUGGCGGGGGGAGUGGGGGUGGCGGUGGGGGUGGUGGCGGGAGUGGAGGUACUGGAGGCGGCGGUGGAGGCGGAGGUGGCGGCGGCGGUGGUAGCGGAGGAGGCGGUGGGAGCGGUGGGAGCGACGGUCCUGGUGGGGGAGGUGGCGGUGGAGACGGGGGUGGCGGUGGAGGCGGGGGCGGCGGUGGAGGCGGGGGUCGGAGUGGCUCGUCCCAGCGGAGCAGCUCUGGGGGUGGUCACCGCCAGCAACAGCAGCAGCAGCAGCCGCAGCAGCAGCCACAGCAGCAGCAGCGCUCUCGCACCGUCCCCGCCCCUCAGCAGCUCCGUGAGUGGUACUAG